AUGUCACUGAAUCUCUGUAAUUGGAGAAACCACACCUGGUUAGGGUCCACAGUGGAAGGUAUCGAAGCAGUAUGCAAACCCUACGCCGAGGAAUCGGGAAAAGAAGACCGAAAGGAGAAUCCCAAAGAGUCUCUCUGGGUGGGAUGGUUGGAUGAGUACCUAAAAGGUGAAAACGAAUCUCAACUGGGCAGGCAAUAUCUAAGCAUCAGCAAAGAGGAGCCAGUAGGCAAAUGCGGAACAAGAACCAAGAGUCUGAAUAUCAGUACAUGGGAAAAAUUAGUCACCGACGUAUUGGAUAAAAUAGAAAAUAUGAAAAAGUUAAAGUAUGCAAGUCCUCACCACACAAAAAAAGGGAACGACCUAGCUUAUGAUGAGCUACCAGACUGGAGGAGUAUUUUAUGCCGACGUAUAUGGCCCGAAUCCACCCAGUCAGGAGCAACACUAGCAGCAAUAGCGUGCAUAAUAGCAAGGUUAGCGCACCCAGGGGAGCACAAUGAAGAACAGUGGACAGAUCCAACUAAUCCGUGUCGACCCCUAUUACGGCAGCUCCAAGUGACAGAGUCUGAAUGGGCCAAGUGGCUAAGUGACGAUCCAGGGGACACCCCCCCCGACGAACAACACGGGCAGCUUCAAGAAACGGCAAGAGAACAGGCGAAAGCCAAGAUUAGUUUAGUCUUGAACCUCUAUGGCGCCUUAAAAGAAUUAUGUCCCAAGUGUGGACCAUAUCAUUUGAGACACUGGAUAACUGUAGAAAACAAGAACUUCCUUCCACAGGAAAACUUAUAUUGUUUAUUAACAGAAGGACAUCUAAAGUGUAAUUCGGAACUAGGAGAAUCCAUCACCGACCCCAACUAUUUGUUGUACCGGGCAACGAGAGUCCGUAGCCAAAGUAACUUUAAACAACAAGGAGACUCCGAUACAAAGGAAAAGUCACCAGAGAAGGAAAAGAGAGGUCAGGCACAAGGAGGAUCAAUUCCAACUCGAUCAAACACGACCAUAUCUACAACAGACACCAACAAAUCAUCCCCAGCCUCCUCAGCUGCGAGUAUCCCCAAGAAUCAGGGAACACCUGAGAACACAACAGCCGCAACGGAAAAUGAAGAAACUGACGACCACUCCAGAGCCGACUCAAGGGGGUUGAUGGGAAUGACUUCAGGAUUUUCCCCCCCACCCGUCGGAGCACCAAAGGAAGAUCUGAAUAGUGAAGUUAUCACUGGACCUAUAAUGACUCCAACCACACAGAAAGGACUCCCACCCCCCGUCUCACAAACAAAGGACACGGACGAGCAGCCCCAAGAGAGGAUAACCCAUGAAGUAUCUAACGGCUCACCAGGAGUGAUUGGGGGGGUUAUUACAGCAAUAAUUCUGGGAGGUUUAAGUAUCUAUGGAGGCUGGAGAAUAAAAUAUGCACGAACCCCCGAACCACAUACCAGACCCUCACGCAUCAGCAUCCUGGUAAAGUAUCCAAGUUCAGGGAAUACUUUAGAUGACGGAAGUAGACGAAGGGACGAGAAGGAAGGAACUUGGAGCUGA